AUGGCUCAAGACGAAAGAGAUGAAGACAUGACGAUUAAAUCGAGCAACCACGAUAGCGAUGGGAUACAAGACCCUGAAAACCAAACGAAAGUACCGCGAGCACAAUCUCCGACAAAAGAAGCAGCCUUCAUAGCUGUGGUCUGCGCAGCACAACUCAUGACCCAGGCCGGUCUCUCCCUCUCCAUAGCCCCCAUUCAGUAUAUCAGUACCAGCUUUGGUACGACACCACGGGAUCUGACGUGGGCCUCCGCGGCGUACAGUUUGUCCGUUGGGACAUUGAUCUUAGUCUCUGGCAGACUGGGCGAUACAUACGGACACAGACUGCUAUUCAUCAUUGGGUUCAUCUGGUUCGGAGUCUGGUCACUUCUUGGAGGAUUUGCUGUGUGGUCGAAUCAGAUCUUCUUCGACUGCUGUCGAGCCAUGCAGGGUAUUGGUCCAGCACUUCUGCUACCCAAUACCGUGGCUAUUUUCGGUCGGACGUAUCCGCCGGGAUUGAAGAAAGAUAUGGUGUUUUGUCUGUUUGGCGCGACGGCACCUGGUGGAUUCACGUUGGGUGCGACUUUUUGCUCGCUACUCGCUCAGCGUGUGUGGUGGCCUUGGGGCUACUGGAUCAUGGGCAUUGCAUGCUUUGUGUUUGCCGUGCUUGGGCUUCUGGUGAUUCCCUGUGAUGAUCGUGCGGAAGAUAUUGAUAAGAAAGAAGCAUCAACUUUCGAACAGCUAGAUGGUCUUGGGGCUAUCACUGGGGUCGUUGGCCUUGUGCUCAUCAACUUUGCAUGGAACCAAGCCUGUGUCGUUGGGUGGGAGGUACCAUACACUUAUGCCCUUCUAAUUGUUGGGGUCCUCUUUAUUGUUUUAUUCCUCCUUGUGGAGCACAAAGCAGCCUAUCCAUUACUGCCUAAUUCUGUUUUCAGGGGUGAAGUUGGAUGGGUCCUGGGAUGUAUCGCAGCAGGGUGGUCCAGUUUUGGGGUUCUCGUGUUCUAUUACUACAAUUUCCUCGAGGAGAUUGAGCACAACAGCGGGCUUUUAGUGACAGCCAAAUGGGCUGGGGCCUCUUUAUCCGGAGCAACUGCUGCAGUGGUGACUGGUGUCCUGAUGAGCCGGGUACCACCGAGUGUCAUUAUGCUUGCUGCAAUGUUGGCUUUUACAAUAGGACUUUCCCUGUUGGCCACUUUACCUCCAGGUCAGGUCUAUUGGGCAAAUGCUUUUUUGAUCAUGCUGAUCACCCCUUGGGGAAUGGACAUGUCAUUUCCAUCCGGAACCUUGAUCAUGAGCAAUGCGAUGCCGCGUGAGCAUCAAGGUGUCGCGGGCUCUCUAGUGAACACAGUUGUGAACUAUUCCAUCUCUCUUGGCCUCGGCCUAGCCGGCACAGUAGAGAGAUAUGUGGACCCAGAUGGAUCGAACGUGCUCAAGGGAUAUCGCGGUGCGUCUUAUAUGGGUGUUGGACUGGCAGGUCUGGGUUCUGUCAUUGCCAUAUGUUUCACAAUCGUGACUUGGUCCAAGUCAAAGAGAGCCUAA